UAAAAUAAACGAACUUGUAGCAAGUUAACAAAAUGGCGCUUACGUGUGCGAGUAAGUAAACAAGUUUUUUGCUUUAUUUUGCAUAUUAGUAUGUUAUUUUUUGCGAUUAUUAGAAUUAACUAAUGCAUUGUAAUGAGAAAGUAUAGUUUAUAAUUUGAAAUUUGAAACAAAAAUGUGUACAAUAACAAAAGUCUCACAUUGGGCGAUAAAAGGAUACCGGGUGUAUCGCAUUCUCUACGUUUGGGUCUCGAUAACCACCUGAUGCUUAUUUUUCAGUAAGUAACGAAGUUCCCGAACAUCCUGUUAUUUCACCUGUUUCGGGAUGCAUUUUUGAAAGGCGAUUGGUAGAAAAGUAUAUAGCUGAAAAUGGAGUGGACCCAAUGAACCAUGAAAAGUUAAACGAAGAUCAGCUAAUACCUGUAAAAACUUCUACAUUGGUCAAGCCAAGACCACCAUCAGCUACGAGCAUUCCGGCUAUUUUGAAAUCGCUACAGGACGAAUGGGAUGCGGUUAUGUUGCACAGUUUCACAUUGAGGCAACAACUUCAAACGGCUAGACAGGAAUUAUCUCAUGCUUUAUAUCAACACGACGCGGCUUGUAGAGUUAUCGCUAGGCUUACGAAGGAAGUUACUGCCGCCAGAGAGGCUCUGGCUACGCUUAAACCUCAAACUGGAGUUACACCCGCACAAACUCAGCCGACAGCAACAACAACUGUUGUUGCAGCUGCGGACCAAAGUGUCGAGGCUCAAACGUCAACAGGCAUGACCGAGGAAAUUUUAACAAAAUUGCAAGAUACCGCCGCAAAAUUGACCUCAGAAAGAAAGAAACGUGGCAAGACCAUACCAGAGGGAUUAGCGUCUACUGAACAAAUUCAAUCCUACAGAAAAAUUGCUUCGAAAACCUCAAAUCACAGUCCCAGCGUUCCAGGUAUAUUGUCUUUGGAUAUUUGCCCUAAGGAUACGAAUAAGAUAAUAACCGGAGGAAACGAUAAGACCGCUGUUGUAUAUAAUAAAGAAACAGAUUGUUUAGUUGCCACUUUGAAGGGUCAUUCAAAGAAGGUCACCCAUGUUGUCUAUCAUCCGGAAGAAGAACUAGCCUUUACUGCUAGUCCAGAUCAGACAAUCCGCGUCUGGGGAGUUAAAGAGUCAAAGUGUGCUCACGUGAUCAGAGCCCACGAAAUGCCAGUUACGGGAAUUUCUUUGCAUGCAACGGGAGAUUAUCUGCUAUCGUGUUCGCUGGAUGGUUAUUGGGCCUUCUCAGAUAUAAGAAACGGGCGGGUUCUUACAAGAGUUGGCGAUAAAAAUUCCUCUGUACCUUUAACGUGCGCACAAUUCCAUCCGGACGGUCUUAUUUUCGGAACGGGGACUGAGGAUUCGACAAUAAAGAUUUGGGAUUUGAAAGAACAGGCUAAUGUGGCUAAUUUCCCUGGAGAUGCGGGGCCUAUAACGUCCAUUUCAUUUUCGGAGAACGGUUAUUACUUAGCGACGGCUGCUGAUGAUUCGACAGUAAAGUUGUGGGAUUUACGUAAAUUGAAAAAUUUCAAGAAUAUUCAAUUAGAUGAGGGUUAUGAGGUGAAAUCUUUAUGCUUUGAUCAUUCUGGAUCUUAUUUGGGCGUAGCGGGAACGGAUGUUCGAGUUUACGUUUGCAAACAGUGGUCGAUGGUAAAGAGCUUUUACGAUCAUACAGCUACGGCUACGGGAAUAAGAUUUGGUGAAAACAGUAACUUUAUUGCGUCAACUGGAAUGGAUCGAGCCUUGAUGUUUUACGCAGAAGGAUGAAAGGCUCACGUUUAGACUCAUUUCCUUUUUUGUAGUAAAUUUUUUUGUCACUUAUAUUACAGUUUUAUCGACCAUGUUUCGUAGUUAAAUCAAACAACUGGCCGACGCCCAUUUUCUGUAAUUUUAGACGUGAAUGACCGCAUUCAGCUAAACAUUAAAAAAAUAAAAUAUGAUACCUUAAAAACGAGCGUCAUUGAUAAUUCUCUACUCAAACUUAAUAAUAAUGGCUAAACAUCUGUCGUUUCUUAUUACUAGACAUGCGUUAAAAACGAACUAUCUGCCACUUAUCAGUUCCUAAACAGCCACAUAACUAUUACAAUCAAGCCAAUUAAUUAGCUAAACUUCUAGUGUAUUUAGUACAUUGAAUGUACUGCUGAUCUGUUUAGUUAUACCAAUAUAAUAGCCGUAAAUUUUAUGCCUACUUAAACUGCCAUAAAGAAUGCCUAUCCCAUUUACCAGCAUAUUACAGUUUGCUAUAAACGAGAUCUAAAUAUAUACAGUAUAUGUCUGUGUUUCUAAUCUAUAUACGCGAACUGUGUAACUGUAUCCGUACCAAUUCAAAAAAGAGGUCAAAAACUUGGCGUUGACUAAAAGGUAUUAGUCUAUUAUGUUUCUCUAUAAAGUAAAUGAAGUAUAAUUUUCUAUAUAAAAUUAUAUGGUUUGUACUUGUACUGCUCUACUACUAUUGACGUAAGUUUGAUGUCACACAACAAAUGAAGUUUUGCAAAUUAAUGAAUAUGUAUGAUUUAUACAUAGAAACGAAAUAUUUUAAAAUUAAUGUCUGCCAUUGUCUUUCAUGAUUAUCUUAUUGCUCGUAUUAACUUUUUAUAUAGAAUUAUCCUUAAAAACAAUACAGCAGCGAACAAUAAUGAAUAUUUUUCAGUUUUAAAGGAACACAAUGAGAAGAAAUUGUUUUUUUUUUGUACCACAAUAAACACUACUAAACGUAUUUUUUUGUUCUCGUUUACACGUUAAAUAUUCCAUAUUUUAUCAAAGCAUAGAAGAAUAAAACAAAAAAAAGAAGAAAAAAUAAAACAGUACAAGAAUAAGCAGUAGCAAUUUAUCAUCUACGAACCCAAAUUUUCUGAUACGUCAUAAACAAACAAAAAUAAUUAUGAUAACAGGAAAAAGAUGAAAAUAAGCUUUGUAACAUAUUAUAAGAUAACAAUACUGUAUAAAUGAAUGUACAUUAUAUAUGAAAAAAUAAAAACAUUCGACGACAUUUUUAAGGAAAUGAAAUUCACGAUAAAGAGUGCUGUUUCUUUUGUUUUUUUUUCUUUGUGUUUGUUUACACUUAAUAAAAAAAAGUUACAUUUUGUUUUUAUAAUCAAUCAAAAAAUUCGUUAUUCUUUUUUUUAUCUUUAUUUAUUUCUUAUUUUUUUUGUUUUUGUCUCUUUUAAACUUAAUUUCGAUUUGUUCUAAUUAGAAAAAAAAUUUGCAUGAAGAAUAUAACUUUUUCUCUUCUGUUUUUCAUCUAAAUUAUUAAGUUAAAGCAUAUUUUUUUUCUAUAUCCAUUUAGUUAGAAAUUUCUUUAAAAAAAGCACCCAAAAGUAGAAAAAACUUUCAUUUAUGUUUGUUUUUCUUUUUACAAUAGAAAAGCAUAAAACUAUAUAUAUAUAUAUAUAUAGAUUUAUGUAUAUACAUACAUACAUAUGUAACUUUAAAUUAAAAAAAAAAAAAAAGAAAAAAAUCUUUCAUAUUCUCUUUUACAUCGAAAACUGCUGAAGAAACAAGCAGUAAUGAGAUUUUCUAAGCUGUUAAAAAUGCAAUAAACGUUAAUAUUGGACAAUAUGCCCAAAUGGAAUGAAAUUUAUUUUACCAUUAGCAUUAUUACGAUCCGAAGAAAAUUUGUGCUUCAUAUCAUCGUCUCUGUUGUUUUCAAGAAUACGAUAAUUAAUAAGGUAUAUAGGUAGACAUAUAUAAUUUUGUCAUUAUAAAACAAUUAUAUAUAAUCAAUAUGAGAAAAUAGAAAAAAGGAAAGAUAAACGAAUAGAAUAGAAUGAAAGCAAAAUUUUAUCCAUAGAGAAAACGAGAAAAAACACUUUUCUACACUAAUAUUUUAUGGAAAAACAUUCAAAAAGUUUACUUUGGCAAACGUGAAAUUAAAGUAUAAAAGCUCAAUGAAAACAAAUAAAUAGCGAAAAAUAAAUAAAAUGGCAAAUACUCACUCUGUUGGCACUUUCUUCGCUCCUAUAAAAAUUGUAUGAAACAAAAAACGGAAAUAAAUUGACAUGCUCUCGUCUAUAGGCCUAAACUAAAUCAUUGUAUUGUUUUUUUUAAUCGUUAUUCCUUUAAGAGGAGGUUGAAGACUAGAGCAACAUUAUCUACUCUUUUUUUCUGUUGCUGUAGACUAGUAGUACAGAGUUAAAAGAGGUCAAAAAUAAGGAAAAAAUAAAACUACAGAGAGAGAGAGAGAGUAGUACAGUCUACAAUUUACUUGGAAUGAUGUACAACUAUAAAUAUCUAUGCAAUAUACAACUAUAUAUAUAUAUAUA